AGCAAGCUUGUCAGACACGAAAGACGCGCACUUAGGACACUGGGGUGUGUUUGUUUUACACAAGAAAUACACCAGACCAUUAUUACAGUGUGAUAUCUGUCUGUCAUUGGGUUAUUAUAGUCUGAUACGGAACUUAAGAGUCAUUUUCUCAGCGCACAAACACACAGCCGUCGCAAUGAGAGAGCUGCAUUUCAAAGAUAAUUUUUGGAACAUUGAUAUCACUAGCACGGUAGGAUAUGACAGCAUCAUCCAGCACUUGAAUGAUGGCAAGAGGACGUGCAAAGAGAUUGAAGACUUCAUGAAAGCCAGAGCUGCAAUAGAAGAGAAAUAUGCAAAGGAGCUCCUUGGUUUGUCUAAGAAAGUAUGUGGACACAGUGAAAUGAACACCCUGAAACGAUCACUGGAUGUUUUCAAAUUACAAACAGAACAAGUGAGCUUGUCUCAUUUACACUUGGCCCAAACCAUGAGAGAGGAAGCAAAAAAGUUAGAGGAUUUCAGAGAGAAACAGAAAGAGGCUCGAAAGAGAGUAGAACAACAGAUGGAUACUCUUCACAAGCAGAAGGCCACCCAAUACAAGAAAACAACAGAAGCAAAGAAGACCUAUGAGCAAAAGUGUCGAGAUAAAGAGGAAGCAGAGCAGAACAUGAACAGAAACGCCACCACCAGCAGUUCCAAGCAGCAAGAAAAGCUGUAUGCCAAAACACAGCAAGCCAAGCAGUGUGCAGAGGAAGCCGACAGAAUAUACAAUCAGAAUGUGUCAGUGCUGGGGAAGAUCAGAGAGGAGUGGCUGAAUGAGCAUGUUAAAGCAUGUGAGUUUUUUGAGAAACAGGAAGUGGAGAGGAUCAACACCCUGAGGAACAUAGUGUGGACCCAUCUCAACCAACUUUCCCAGCAGUGUGUCACCAGUGACGAGCUCUAUGAGGACGUAAGGAAGUCACUGGAGCAAUGUAACAUUCAAGAAGACCUUGAGCAUUUUAUCAACCUCAGAAGGACUGGAGAAAAACCACCAGCACCUGUUCCAUACGAGAACUUCUACAACAAUCAGAGGUUGGCCCCUGCUCGCCCGCCGGCUUCAGCUGUCAGGAGAGCGGCAGUACCUCCACCACCACCUGUUGAAAACGAUCCUUUAUAUUCAACUGUAGCAGAGCCAGGAUACAGCCUUAUACGACACUAAUAAGAACGUGAACCGUUUCAUGGGCCCUUCUUCAGCUCAAUAUGGAUACAGUAAAAGCAUUUGGCAACUCUUUUUUUUUUUUAUCAAGAGCAGAGAGAGCUGAAUUAUUAAAGGUAUAGAUGACCCAAAAUGUUUUAUUCCAUCAUAAUUUAUUCCCCCUUAUGUUGUUCAAAAACCAGUAUGGCUUUGUUUUGUUUGUCACAGAACAAAGGAAGUCAAUUGGUUUUGGAACAACAUGAUGGUGAGUAAAUGAUGACAGAAUGUUCAUGGUGAUCUGUUCCUUUAAUCUGUGUCCAGCUUUCUCACACUGUGUGGUGAGAAUAUACUACACCUGGCAUGGAGUAUUCAUAACUCUGAAUAAAAGCGUUUUAUUAACUUGCUAACUUCAAAUUAACUUUUGUAAAAAGGAUUUGGAGUGAUCUUUGAGACUAUUAUGAAAUCAGUAAAAGUCGAUAGCAAAUCCACAGGAGUACACCUGAAAAAGGAAAUGAGCAUAGAGUUCUUACUACAUUGAUGACAUUGUGAAAAUAAUAUUUUAUAAAGCUUUGUCUUUUUAUUUACCAUUAAAGACAGGGGCUCAUAUAGAUUUUUAAGAAAUGUAAAACACAAAAUAUUAUUUAUUUAUAAUGUAAAAUCCGAGAUACUGUCAUUACACAGUCUUGCACCACUGGAUGUAUUGCUUUAAUAUGUAUAUAUUAUUUAAUCUCAUUGUCCUCUGAUAAAAUGUGAGGUCAUCUGGAUAUGUUAAGUUUUGAAUGCUGUUUAAAGGUGCACUCAGUAACUUUUGUCUUUGUGUCAUCUUGGACUUACACUGACACCUAGCGGUGUGGAUGUAGCAUAAUUUAAAAUCAUUAGUUUUCAGUUUCAGAUACCAUUGUAGAAAUUCACUAUUCACAGUCAUCCAUAAUUACUUUAAUCCAUUAAUUAAAGUGUCAAAUAACAGGACGGUUACUGAGAUUAAGCGAGUAGUAUUCGGCUGGUCAUGUGAUUCAAACAUGGCAGCCCCCAUGUACAGACCCUCUCCAUGUAGAAUAAAACAGCUUUUAUAAGGUUACUGUUAUGACUGGACGCUUCAUUUUAAUGUGAGUGCUCAUGAUUUCAUACAUAUAUUGCAAAAUUACAAUUCAUGUCUUCAGGAGUUACAUUUUUUAAUGAGAAAAAAAAUUACUGAGUGCACCUUCAAAGAAACAGUUCACCCAAAAAUUAAAAUGUUGUCAUCAUUAACUCACUUUCAUGUCGUUUCAACCCCGUAUUAUUUUCUUUCAUCCAUGAAACACAAAAUGAGAAUUGAGAGCUCCAACGGAAGAGACCAGUAUAAGUAAAUAACAUCUAGAAUUUGGUCAUUUUUUUAUGCAACUUUGUCAUAUGGCUUCAGAAGACUUGGAAUAUAUAGUGCAUGAGUGGUAUGCACUACUUUUAUGGUUCUUUUUGUCCUUUUUGGCAAUUCACCAUCCACUUUAAUCCACUUUCUGCUCGAACAGUCUUCCUAACAUCUCAUUUUGUGUUUCAUGAAAGGAAUACAAUAAUACAGGGCCGGAAGGACCUGAGGGUGAGUAAAUGGUGACAAAAAAUGUUUUCCCCCUUUUUCUCCCAAUUGGAAUGCCCAGUUUCCAAUGUGCUUUUAAGUCCUUGUGGUUGUGUAGUGAUUCGCCUCAGUCUGGGUGGCAGAGGACGAAUCCCAGUUGCCUCCGCGUCUGAGACCGUCAACCCGCGCAUCUCAUCACGUGGCUUGUUGAGCGCAACCACACUCAACUCACCACGUGCCCCACUGAGAACAAACCACAUUAUAGCGACCACGAGGAGUUUACCUCAUGUGACUCUACCCUCCCUAGCAACCGGGCCAAUUUGGUUGCUUAGAAAACCUGGCUGGAGUCACUCAGCACGCCCUGAGAUUCGAACAAGCCAGGGGGUGGUAGCCAGCAUAUUUUACCACUGAGCUACCCAGGCCCCCCAUAAUGGUGACAAAAUUUUUAUUUUUUGGUGAACUAUUCCUUUAACCUUUCCUGUUAUUUGGGGUAUUUUUGACCUGUUUUAGACUUAAAAACAGUGAAAAACUAAUCUUAAUCUUGUAUUUGGUCAAAAUGCCUUUGGAUUCUCUACAACAAACAAUAAAUCAAUGAGUUUAAAAAAAAGUAUUAAAUUUUUUUGUUACUUGUUUAUAACAUUGCUAGGUGGUUUUUAGAGCAUUAUUAAAUGGUUGCUAGAAGGUUGUUUAUUGGCCCAAGUCGAAAAUAACCAUCACUAAAGGUCAAAGUAUACUUCAGUUGUUCACGUUGCUGAUUGCUCCGCGCACAGUAUGCGUGACUCAAAUUUUGUCAUCAGCACAGCCAGAUUUUGUUGACUGGCGGACGCAGUGCUCAUCUGUGCGUAUUGUCGGUGCAUGCGCCGGCCACUGACUGUACUAAAAGAGUAUCACAAACCAUAGUAGUGCGCAUGCGUCGAACGUGUUCAUAUUCGCUCAGAAAAGUAUACUUUGGACGGCAACGCAGUCAGCCGGGCGUGAUCCGAUCUGGAACGCGGAAAAACAAAGUAUACAGGGGCCUUUAGUCUCAGUCAUAUCCUCAUGCCUAGAUAUGUGUGGGGAACUUUUUUAAUGGAAAUCUAUGGGAUUGUUUGCUUAUUUUUGUCUGCCGGUCAGACAUUUAUAUUCUGAGAUAAAAAUGUUUUAGAAUGUAAACCAUGACACUGUAUUUGUUUCAAACUGAUACAAUGUGUUAGUCUUCCAAUUAUCUGCUUUUUUCACUAUUUCUUUUUACUGUAUAUGUAAUAAAAGAAUAGUACCACCA